GUAGGCGUGGAAAGAGGUUGGCGCUCGGCAAGUCCAGCUGCCUCGGCUCCCUGCCUUAGGUCUGGUGACGGUCAAACCGCUUCCGGACCCGGGAUCGGAGUGUGCGGGUCGCCAGAGGGGGAGGGGAGCUCAGGUAUCACCAUGGCAACAGCCAGCCCUCCGGGCCCGUGACGUCACCCUUCUGGUUUCGCGCUUAGAGGCCUCUGCAGGAGCAAGCUGGGGCGUCCUCGAAGGGGGCGCACCUCGCCUUCCUCUGCGGGGCGGUCCCGCCCCGAUCCCUUGGAGGGCUUUGUUCUUUUGUUCUGGCCUAAGGGGAAGUCGGGUGCCGGGACCCGCCCUGCUGGUCCACCUUCCAGCUUUAACACCCUGCAACAGGUGUGUCUUCGUGUUAUCAGAGCUCGCAGGCGUGUGAGCCACAAAUGUGCACAGAGGGAACAGACCAGGGUAGACAACCUCAGCGUGUUGCAGACUCCCUGCAAGGGGAGCUAGACAUCUGAGUUCCAGACCGAGGUACCAGCUGAAGGAACGCUGCCUGGCGAACCCUGCUGUCCAAGUUCCUGAGGAACGGGAUGAGCUCCUGAGAUGGAAGAUCAGUCCUCCCCAGACUCCACCCUUCUCCAAGGGGGACAUACUCUGCUCUCAUCAGCCAGUUUUCAGGAAUCAGUGACUUUCAAGGAUGUGAUAGUGGACUUUACCCAGGAAGAAUGGAAACAGCUCGAUCCUGGCCAGAGAGACUUGUUCAGGGAUGUGACAUUGGAAAAUUACACACACCUGGUCUCUAUAGGACUCCAGGUUUCCAAACCUGAUGUGAUUUCCCAGUUAGAGCAAGGGACAGAGCCAUGGAUCAUGGAACCAAGCAUUCCAGUAGGUACCUGUGCAGACCAGGAGACAAGACCUGAAAAUAAUGUAUCAGCCCCACAGCCUGACAUUUCUGAAGAAGAGCUAUCUCCAGAGGUAAUAGUGGAAAAACACAAAAGAGAUGAUGCUUGGAGCUCCAACGUGCUAGAAAGUUGGAAAUAUGAAGGCAGUUUAGAGAGGCAGCAGGCAAACCAGCAGACACUGCCAAAGGAAAUAAAAGUAACUGAAAAGACAAUACCCACUUGGGAAAAAGGUCCUGUAAAUAAUGAAUUUGGGAAGAGCAUCAAUGUGGUUUCAAACCUUAUAACCCAAGAACCAUCUCCUGAACAGACCUCUACUAAAAGAAGCAUCAAACAGAAUUCAAACCCAGUUAAAAAGGAGAAGUCUUGUAAGUGCAAUGAAUGUGGGAAAGCUUUUAGUUAUUGUUCAGCUCUUAUUCGUCAUCAGAGAACACAUACUGGAGAAAAACCCUACAAAUGUAAUGAAUGUGAAAAAGCCUUCAGCCGGAGUGAAAACCUUAUCAACCAUCAAAGAAUUCAUACUGGAGAUAAACCAUAUAAAUGUGAUCAGUGUGGAAAAGGCUUCAUUGAGGGUCCAUCUCUUACUCAACAUCAAAGAAUUCAUACUGGGGAAAAACCAUAUAAAUGUGAUGAAUGUGGGAAAGCCUUUAGUCAGAGGACCCAUCUUGUUCAGCAUCAGAGAAUUCAUACUGGUGAGAAGCCAUAUACUUGUAAUGAGUGUGGAAAAGCCUUUAGCCAGAGAGGCCACUUUAUGGAACAUCAAAAAAUUCAUACAGGAGAAAAGCCUUUUAAAUGUGAUGAAUGUGAUAAAACUUUCACCAGGAGCACACACCUCACUCAACAUCAAAAAAUUCAUACUGGAGAAAAAACCUAUAAAUGUAAUGAAUGUGGAAAGGCCUUUAAUGGGCCCUCAACUUUUAUCCGUCAUCAUAUGAUUCAUACUGGUGAAAAACCGUACGAAUGCAAUGAAUGCGGGAAAGCCUUCAGCCAGCACUCAAACCUUACCCAGCAUCAAAAAACACAUACUGGGGAGAAACCCUAUGAUUGUGCGGAAUGUGGAAAAUCUUUUAGUUACUGGUCAUCCCUUGCUCAACACCUGAAAAUUCAUACCGGAGAAAAACCUUACAAAUGCAAUGAAUGUGGAAAGGCCUUCAGUUACUGCUCAUCCCUUACUCAACAUCGGAGAAUUCACACAAGAGAAAAGCCCUUUGAAUGCAGUGAAUGUGGAAAGGCUUUCAGUUAUCUUUCAAACCUUAAUCAGCAUCAGAAAACUCAUACUCAAGAGAAAGCUUAUGAAUGUAAAGAAUGUGGGAAAGCUUUUAUUCGGAGUUCAUCUCUUGCUAAGCACGAAAGAAUUCAUACUGGAGAGAAACCCUAUCAGUGUCAUGAAUGUGGGAAAACCUUCAGUUAUGGUUCAUCCCUUAUUCAACAUAGGAAGAUCCAUACUGGAGAACGGCCUUACAAGUGUAAUGAAUGUGGGAGAGCAUUCAACCAGAACAUACACCUUACACAACAUAAGAGAAUUCAUACAGGAGCCAAGCCUUAUGAGUGUGCAGAGUGUGGUAAAGCCUUUCGACAUUGUUCAUCACUUGCUCAACAUCAAAAAACUCACACAGAAGAAAAACCCUACCAGUGUAAUAAAUGUGAAAAGACCUUUAGCCAGAGCUCCCAUCUAACUCAGCAUCAACGAAUUCACACUGGAGAGAAACCCUAUAAGUGCAAUGAAUGUGACAAAGCCUUUAGCCGGAGCACUCAUCUGACUGAACAUCAGAAUACUCAUACUGGAGAGAAACCUUAUAACUGUAAUGAAUGCAGGAAGACUUUUAGCCAGAGCACAUAUCUCAUUCAGCACCAGAGAAUUCAUUCAGGAGAGAAGCCUUUUGGAUGUAAUGAUUGUGGAAAAUCCUUCAGAUAUCGUUCUGCUCUCAACAAACAUCAGAGACUGCACCCUGGCAUAUGACCAUUCUAGGAACAUCAUAAAUUUAGGAAAUAUAUUUACUUUAGUUUGUCCUUUUGUAAAGUACUGAAGAAUCACAGUGGAUUUAGAAACUACUUGAAAUCUUUUAAAUUUUCACUAUCAUGCUAUGGAAUGGAAGGUGCAUUGAGCUGAACUAAUCCAAUUGUUAUUAAGCCGCUUUGUGACAUUAGAAAACUCAACUGUUUUAAGCUUAGUUUCCUUUGUGGAAUGAAGGAUUUGGAUUAGAUUAUUUCAAAGGUAGUUUGGAGUUUUAUAAUCAGUUUUGUAUAUUUACAGUAUUUUCUUGAAUGGGUUUACUAUACAUCAGCAUUUUGCUGUGUUGCAUCUAGAAUGUGUAUGUUUAUGCAUGCUUUGCCAAUCAAAUUUGUGCUUUAGUAACUAGAUUGGGGAGCUAGUGUGCUCCUGCUCUAAUGUGUUUAAGUUGUUUAGGUAAAUGGUUCCUAAUAAAAAGAAUUAUAAAACACCCUCAGAUUAACAAUUCAGCUGCGUACAAUAGCCUAACUUAGUAAGAGUAUUAAAACUUACCAUUAUUC